GCUAUUUUUUCUAGAAAUUGCAAUUCAUAGUUUUUUUUAUAAAGUUGAGCUAUUGUUUCCAGAUCCCAAUUGCUACUUUCUCCCGAAUUCCGACGGGAUUCUUUGUCCAUCCAGAUUUGGGUGCUCUCUGUGUCUGGUUCUUUUUCGAUUCCACAUUUUUGCGGCGGGCAGGCCUUCUUGACUUCCUUCUCCUAGGGCACAGCUGAGCAUGCCCCUAGAGGGAGACCAGAAAAAGACACCCGCACCUGGAAAAGAACAAAAGUUCAACCCGCAAUCUCCGCUAUCCACUCGCGGUAAGCCAGCACCCAAGUCCGUUAGUCCCAGGGUCAAAACCGCGACUCCCACUCCGAAAGCAAAGGUUUUGCCAUCGACUAGUUCGAAGACAACUCCUAGGAUUGUCAUUUCCCGACCAGUGCCGCGAGCGUCUAGUGAGUCUUCUCUAUCGAGAAAAUCCGAGAGUCCCUCCGCUGUCGGGACUGAUUUCCUCCGCGUCACACGCUCUACCACAAAGAAAAUGGCAUCCUCUGAGCAGCCAACGCCCGCAACCGCAGCGUUGCAUAAAUUCAUCGCCGUCAGCGAUCGCGUAAGCCUUUUCGAAGCGAAGAUCAACACUCCUGAUCAAGCCUCUCCGUCCCUACACACGUUACAAGUCCGUCUGCAACAGGUGCGAGCCUUAUGGGACAAAGUGGAAAGAGAGUACGAAACAUGCUCAGACCUAAUGGCCCAAGAAGGUUCCCUCGACACAGUGUCUAUUCUCCAGGCCAAAUAUGACUACUGCUACUCAGUAUACGAGUCAUGUGCAGCACAAAUUGGCGAAACAAUCGACAGAGCAACGCCUCAAGUCGCGCAAGCACCCUCUCAGCCGCUAAUUUCGUCCGGCUGCCGCUUACCUCCAUGCGACACGGAAGUCUUCGAUGGCGACUACCUCCGAUGGCCCACUUUCCAGGACCUAUUCACGGCAAUUUACGUAAACAACCCCAGGCUGACUCCGGUCGAGAAGCUAAUUCAUCUCCUAACGAAAACAAGUGGCGAAGCAAAAGCCAUCGUGGCGAAAUCUCCUCUCACGAAUGAUGGUUUUGCUUCAGCGUGGGAGGCGCUUCGAGAUCGGUUCCAAAACAAGCGACUUUUAGUCAACAGCCAGCUCAAGCUCCUUUUUAACUUGAGUUCAAUUUCGCAAGAAUCUGGUCAUGCUCUGAAAGAGCUACAAUCCACGAUUCAGGGGUGUUUAACAGCACUAGCGCAUUCCCAGGUAUCCACAGAAAACUGGGAUUGUCUCUUGGUUUUCCUUUGCGCGAGCAAACUGCCCAAGCAGACCCUGUCCUUAUGGGAACAGUCGCUAACUGCCAAAUCCGAGAUCCAGCUUGGAAAGAAAUGAAUGCCUUCCUGAGCGAAAGGUAUCGGACAUUGGAAGCCAUCGAAGAUAUGAAACCGACUCAGGCAGUUCCAAAAAGGCUUCAAUCCUUCGAGACAAAGGUCAGCACCAAACAGAAAGGGUGUGACUUAUGUUCUAAGGAGAACCAUCCGGUCAGAUUGUUCCCGCGUUUUCUUCAAAUGUCUGUUGACUCGCGCUCCGGCUAUAUAAAAAAGAAGCAGCUAUGUCUGAAUUGUUUUGCCAGAGGUCACCAGCUACGCGACUGCACGAGCACACACAGCUGCUUUACAUGUAAGGGCAGGCACCAUACGCUGCUGCAUCGCAGCCCCCCAAAUUCCGAAAAUGCGAGUUCCUCAAACUCGCCCCCUACACAGCAACCUCCGAGACCCUCCAGCAGAAAUGCAUCGGCAAGCACCUCAGCGGUGCAAACUUUUUUCGCGUCCGGCACUUCAGCCGUCCUACUGAGCACAGCGAUCAUUGACGUGUGCCAUUUGGGGACGAACUACCGAGCCCGAGCCUUAAUCGACGCGGGAUCCGAGGCGAC